AUGGCAGGCCGAGGGAAUGAUAGUGAUGAUCUGUCAGCACGCGGAAAUGAGUCUAAUCAGUCUGCAUCAUCUCAGGAGUGCCAACUACUGCCACCUGAUGAGCUAUGUUUCAAAAACACCGAGUUCACCCAGACGUGUAAGAUACAGAGCAAGUGCUAUGUGACCGAGACGGUGAAGAUCCUGAAGAAGGCUAGGUUUAAGCCCGAGCGGGAGUGGUUUGAAAACCACCAUCAGUUUUGCCAUUUUUUCCACAUGCCCGAUGAACCAAACUUGAAGCUGCAGGGUAUGUGGAUGCUUCUACUGCGCACUGUUCCUUUACACGAGUCAGAGGACACAUCUUGGUUUUCUGUUAAUGGAGUGCCCAUUCGGUAUUCAAUGAGAGAGCAUGCUCUCAUCUCGGGAUUAGACUGCCAUGACUACCCGGCUAAGUAUAAGAAGAUUGGAAGCUUUGCGUUUGUAGACAGGCAUUUCAAUUCACAUAAGGAGAUCACGAUGAUAUCUGUGAGAGAGAAGUUGUUGAGUUUGAGUGCGUGUGGGGAUCGACUCAGGAUGGCGGUGAUUUACUUCUUAGGCACGAUUAUCAUAGCGAAGGGAAGGUAUAAUGCCCCUUUUGACCCUUUCAUAUUAAGAAUCGUCAACGCUGUGGAGGUUUGUAAAACCUUUCCUUGGGGUCGGUUGACGUUUGAAAAUGCUCUCCGGUCCAUCACUCGCGUGAUGAAGCAUUUGAAAGGGAAACCUAAAAAUAAUGUCAACUUUCCCGGGUUCAUAAUUCCUUUGGAGAUCCUGGCAUGUGAGUGUAUUCCAGCUCUGAAAGCACGAUUUAGAGAAGGUGUAGAUGGCUGUAUGAGUAAUUGUCCGAGGAUGUGUAAAAAGCGGUUCCAAAGUAACAGCAUGAAAGGUUAUCCUCUUGAGGAUUUGUACGACACAGUUGGAGAAAUUAAGGUUAUUGAUAGUGUUCUUGUUCCUACUGUUGAUGAGGAACCUCUCAUGGCACGCAUAAUGGAUGGGGAGACAGACUAUGAAAAUGAAGAAGGCGUGAGUAAUUUGUGGAGCAUAUGGUUGUUGACUGUUACGGAGAAGCCUAUCUUUUGGCAAGAACUCUAUGAGUUAGAUGUGGCUGCAAGGAAGUUUUCUCAGAAGAAAGACAAAAGGAAAGUGCAUGAAGAAGCAUCCUCCUCUAAUACGAGUUUAGAGAACGCCAAAAAGGUGGAGACAUUGGACGGGAGGAUUGAUGGCAUUGAGAAAGAAAUGAAGGAAAUGAAAGAGAAGGAAGAGGAUAACGAGAACAAUGACGGUUUCGACUACCAAAGCAUGGAUUAUGACUGGGGUGGGCAGCAGAAUGACAGCAAUGGAGUGGACGCAACAACCAAAGAACCUGAAGAUGCAGAUAUGGUUGAAAAUACAGAGGUGGUAGAAGAGAAAGAGAGUGAAAAAGAGGCUCAGAAGGACGAUAGAGGUUCUGAGGAAGAGACAUAA